AUGUUAUCUUCUCAAUCGAUGUCAUUUUUUCUGAUCGUCGUCUGGCUUUACGAAUUCUGCAAAUGCCAGGAUCAUUGUGAAGAACGUGAAUGGAUGACUUUGGAAAAAGUAAUUUUUGAAAACCGGUCACAUCGAUAUUCACAGCAUUAUAUGCAUUUACAGAGCAUCAGUAUUAAUCAGUCUCAGCCAGCUGUGAAUGGAAGUUUCAGUAGACGCAAUGACGGUACGUAUAUUACACCGAAACUGUCGUUUAAAUAUUACAGUAUUCAGGUCACAGGUUUCCGUAUUUUCAUUUCUGGUGAAAUAAAUAUGCACGGAGAAGACUACUUCGGAUAUAUUAGACCGUUUCGUUCAAACAAUACAGACCCUGAAUUUGAGAUUUCGGAUGAGAAGGAAUUACUUGCUGUCAGAUGGUUUAUUAAUAAAGACGUUGAUGGUAAACAGUUUACAGCCAAGGUAACUUGCCUAAUACAUCCGAAUGGGAAGAUAAUUUUGUAUUAUGAUAACAUUCCAACGGAAAUUAAAGACGUUGAAUGGAAACCGGAAAUCAUCGGUAAAUUCGGAUGUGGAGGAAAAGAUGAAAUAGAAUCUAAAAUAGUUACUCCUGAAACAUGGAUCAACAGUGGAACAUUGGUGGAAUAUGAAGCUGUCAGAAACUAUUGUUUAAAGUACACUUCGCCUGAAGCAUGUCAAAACGCAAGAACAUUGGAUAUAACUUGUUUUUGGUGUGAUGAAGCGAACAUAUGCAUUGAUGAUACUGACCAGGAUGCUCAUAACAUGAAAGUCAAUAACUGCCGUGCUAAGAACCCAGAUGUGAAUGGUUUGAGUACACAAGCACCAACCAAACAAACUGAUUACCUCACAGAAACUACAGAAGAAACUGAUCAACACUCG